CAUAGCGGCUGAACGGUCUACGAGCACCAGCGUUCCCCCCUGGUCGCUAUUAAAUCACACGAUCAUCACCGUCGGGCCGUCCCUUUGCACUAAAUCCCAUCUCUGUGAGGCACCAGAGCAUAGUUUCUGCUGCUAUCGCAGUCGCUCAUCGUGUCACAGUCCACGGCGACAAUGGAUUUUCUGCGCAACAAGACCAACGGUAGACAGCCGCCCCGAACCGCCGAAUACGCGCCGUUGACCACCGACGACGAUGUCCAUGCUGAGUCCGAGACUCCGUACGCCCCCGAUGAGCCUGCGGACGACCGUGUGCCCUUCUCCUGGUUUGAGUAUGGCACGCUGACGUUCUUGGGCAUGGCUAUGCUCUGGGCAUGGAACAUGUUUCUCGCUGCUGCGCCUUACUUCUCAUCGCGCUUCAAAGGCGAUGGCUGGAUCGAGACCAACUACCAAUCGGCCAUCAUGACUGCUUCUACCAUCACUAGUCUCGCCAUCGCAUACGUCCUCGCAAGGAUGCAGAAAUCUGCCUCCUAUCCCUACCGAAUUGCAGUCGCUCUUCUCAUCAAUGCCUUCGUGUGCUUUAUUCUCAUGAUAUCAACCACUAUCUUCCUCAAUGUGUCGCCUCGCUCCUAUUUCGCCUUUCUUCUCCUCAUGGUCGUCAGUACGUCGACAGCGACGGCCUUUAUGCAAAAUGGCAUAUUUUCAUUCGUGGCCAGCCUCAACCGCCCCAAGUAUAUGCAGGGUUUAGUAAAUGGCCAAGCUAUAGCCGGAAUCUUGCCCGCUUUAGCCAACAUUGUCACCGUUCUCUUAUUCCCCCCUCCGACGGUGGACUCGGACUACACUCCGGCUGAGAGGGCUGCCAAGGGGCAAACAGCAGCCUUUGUGUACUUCUUUACUGCAGUAGCCGUAUCCGUAGCCGGCUUAUUCCUUCUUAUUCCUCUCGUCCGCCGCCAUGGCGGUACAGUGAACCGCGUGAUAUCGCCGGACAACUCUGGAGUGGUGGAUGAUGCGGGCUCUGAUGCUGAUGGUGACGCCUUCAAAACUCGCAAAGUUGUGCCCAUGGGUGUUCUCUUGAAGAAGCUCUUUUGGCCGUCCUCGUCUAUCGCACUUAUAUUCGUUGCGACCAUGUUUUUCCCCGUCUUCACAGCGCGAAUCUUGUCUGUGGUAUCCCCAGAGAUCGCCAGCCCUCUUUUUCGCCCUUACGCAUUCAUUCCAUUGGCCUUCUUCUUCUGGAACUUGGGUGAUCUGCUUGGGAGAAUAAUUGCAUCAUCAGCUGGCAGUUUCACGAACAGCAUAUUUGUGCUCUUCAUUUUGACUGCGUUGCGUGUUGGCCAAGUGCCACUCUAUCUGCUUUGCAACAUUGACGGGCUUGGCGCAGUCAUUUCCAGUGACUUCUUUUACCUUGUAGUUGUACAGCUCUUCUUUGGACUGACCGGUGGUUGGAUUUUCUCCAAGGUUAUGACCCUAGCCCCCGAAUCUGUCGACAAGAGCGAGCGUGAGGCUGCUGGAAGCUUUCUGGGCCUUGCCAUCAUGGUUGGCUUGUUGAUCGGAAGUUUAUUGAGUUUCAUGGCAUCAAACGUGUAAAAUAUAAGAUAUCUAGAUUAAUGUAUAUAGUGUACAAAUAUUUAUGCUAAUCCAACUAGGAAAGAAAUUCUGCCGCGUGAUUUCAUUUAAUACAUAUCUUCGUGUUCAGGAGUUACCAGAGCUGACACCCAUUGGUGCUCCCAGCUCAACUGUGUAACCGAGAAUUCAGGAAGACCGCGAGAUGAAACAAGUGAGAGGUGAUUUUUCAGGAUAAGAUCACUAUGCAACUUCGUAUCACCUCGACUGUGUCGUGACCGCUCUAUCCUUUAACGCUAAUAGACGGUGUGCAAAUUCAUCGACGUCGGCUGUUCGUAUAUAAUGCACUCCUUGAGCUGAUACGGAGCGUGUCUGUCGUUGUGGUUUACCCUCUUCAUCAACUUGCAAAACAGAAGUGGCCGGCGGUCGACAAUCUGAGGACAUUUCCAAUGCGCAGAGGGUAGGUACGUUGUAGUAGUCUCCUCGGAAUUGGAUCCUGUUUGCCGUGUAAAACCCGUCAUUUAUUAGCGCUGCUUCCAACCCGCGCCAGUGCGAGAUCUUAUUAGCUGGAUUUUUCCAAUCCAAAUCGCCAAAGCGAAGCUUCAGUGGUCCUUCUUCAAUCUCAACAGAUGGCCGAAGUGAUAUCUGUGCGAAGCAAGUACAGUCCCGAAUCGUCAUUGCUAGUGCAAAGUUGGCAUCUUUGGGGUCAGCUGUGAGCGGACCUGUGGUAUCGUGCAGCAUCUGUUGUCGCCGUAAUUCUUUCAUGAUUGGCUGUUUUGUAAUGUUUACAAGCCGCUUUGCAAUGUAUUCUCUGGCUGGAGACGUUGCCAGCCCGGGGGCUAAUCGAAAUGGUGAAGCAGCAGACGCCGCGCCACCGUCGUCACAAAGAGUUAGAGGGCAGGGCUUGUCGAUGGGCAAUGACCUGUCACCUGAGGGAUUUGUGAUGAAAUAUCGCAGUUCUAGUGCGCAUUGCCUGCAUCGAAUAGCAUUCGCCGGUGCACUUGGUGACUGAGCUAGCCAUUUUGGUUUGAAUUCUACCGUGAAAUGGUCAGAGUCUGCACGAAGGUUAGCCCUGGUAGCAGUCUCGUUUGACCUGAAUAGUUACCUUUUGCUGUCAUGUCCUCUACUAAAAGGCCAAAUUCACUCUCCCCAAUGAAGGACCCGCGGAAUUUCUUUUUUCUUUUGACAUCCAGACUCGCUAACAGAUUGUUCAUUUCCUCGAAAAUGUCAUGAUGACGGAGGCCAACCAUCUCUUGAUGAACGGCAUAUUUACCCAACACUGGUAAAAUGGACUUUUCGAAAAAACUUUGCUGAAAAAGAUAAUCGUAUGUACUCUUCUGCCCUCGUUGAGGCACCUUGGCAACGCGAAGAAGCAAUCCUUCA